UAACAGGCUAGUAGAUAAGAUACAUUUCCCUUCAAAUACCCACAAGACAUGGAACACCAAACAGGUCAUCAAAAUCCACAUUAAGGAGAAAUGGCAUCUGAAAAUGUCUAAGUCGGUGAACAAGAAGGUUUCUCACUGCAAAAUCUGUUUUUCUGUCUACGACUUCGAUACCCGUCGCUCCAGAGUGCUGCCUUGCGGUCACACCUUCUGCAGUAGUUGUAUCCACGACAUCAUCAGAAGCAAAAGUGGGUGUCUUACCUGUCCCAACUGCCGCAGUGAACACACUCUCACUUCCGCCUCUGAACUCAAACCUAACUACACCGUAGAGGAAAUGUAUUCGGUCGAUAAUUCUCCUGUGAUGGAUUCCACUUCCAUGGCAUCCGGUGGUUUCACUCCCAAGUUGAAUGCUGGAGUCUGUGGGGAACAUGGCCAGUAUCUGUUGUUCCACUGUGACACUUGCGAGGUGUGGAUCUGUCAGGCUUGUACAGUAAUCGACCAUCCUCGAGAUGAAUGCGCAGUUGUGAGUAUUAAGAAGGCUAUUGAAAACCUGAUGACAAAGGCGAGGAAUGAGGUCAAUUGCCAGAUUGAUAAGUGCAACAAAGCUGUGUCUCAGCUUAGCCAUUAUAAUCAGGAACUUGAAGAGCAAAUCCAGGCUCACAAGAACCUCCUCAGAAACAAAGAAAGAGUAAUAGGGAAGUAUGGAGACCUGGAAGAGGCCCUCCAGAUGGAACAACUCACAGUCAGCAAGAGAAGAGAAGAAGGUUGUGCAGUGAUGCAGGAUCUUAGGACCCUUAAGGACCGUAUUGCAAAGGCUGCAACUCUGCAAGAAAUGAAUAACUGUAAUACUGAUGCUUCGCAAUUUGAAGGAGCAGCUAGCAAUUGGAUAAAGGACUUCGAAAAUAGCUUUCCAGAUCAGCCUCUUCUAUCAAAAGCUAAGAAGAUGAACAUGAUGACCAGUACAGCACUCGAACUUAUGAACUGGGAGUUCGUAACCUGCCUUACAGACACGCAACUUCAGGAGAUUGCACAAAGCACUAAGAAAAUGCUGUUGUGUGCUUAUGUGAAGACUUCAGAAGUGUAUGCAGCACUGAGAAGUAAAGAUAAGCAGAGAUAUGUACCUCUUAUCUCUAAAGAUAACUCCUUUAUCUUCGGAAACAUACAAGAUCACCUGCCCCCCUCCCGAGCUGUGCUUAUGUCACUGGAAGACCUAUUGGCUCAGACUGUUCCUCUGUAUGGAGUGGUUGAGAUGAAAAGUUGUCGCUUUGCAACCAAGAUAUCCUCUGUUGGAGAGGGUUACUGGCUGGAUCCUGUUAGUCCUUCACAAAUUGCAGUAACAGCCUGCAAGAUUCCCGUAAGUUUCAGAGGAACUGAAGGUAUCUUCUGUUCCUUAGAUCAGAUUAUCUUAAAUUCUUCAAGUAUAUAUAACGAUUUUCCAUUGUUUUAUCUGUUUCAGUACCGACAUUUGCGCAAGAUUGUUGGAACUUCUCCAAUCUGUACCUUCCUUGACCUAGCCUGGGGAGAUGAAGGUCAAGGUCAAGUGUGUAUGCAAGUAGAUGUGACCAUUGGGCGAGGUCAACAGUUCCUGAUGCUGUGUACUGGAGAGAGAGGGUCAUCGUACACUAACACUAACCUUCUUAGCGUAGCUAACAAGGGUCAACCAGGGGAAUUUAUCAUAGGAGGUGACUAUGAAACUAACAAUGGUUCUGGGGGGGCAGCCCUGCUGUCAGGGCUUAUAGCUGUUGGGGGAAAGUCAAGACAGCUAACAGCAGGGCUGGUGUCUGGCCACAGCCACUCAGACAAGAGCAGUCAGUUCCUGAUCUAUACCAGAGAUCUUCCUGACAGCUAUGAUUAUUUAAGUUUUGGUCAAGUGAAGACGGGAUUGGAUGUGCUGUUGUCUGUAGCUCAGUUAAGUGACCCACGUAAUGUUAUAGUGAAGGAUUGUGGAGUAAUUGUUACAUUGUAAUAAGUGAUAUAGUGAAAGAUUGUGGAAUGCUUACAUAAUAUGUGAUGUUAUAGUGAAGGGUAAUGAAGUAUUUUAUUGUAAUAAGUGAUGUUAUAAUGAAAUGAUAGUGAAGUAGUUGUUUUAGAUUGUUAAUUAGGUCUAGUGUCAAGACGAGGGUUAUUAAGGCUGCAUGUAACCUGUACACAACCAGUCUAGAACACUUUCUGUACACAACCAGUCUAGAACACUUUCUGUACACAACCAGUCUAGAACACUUUCUGUACACAACCAGUCUAGAACACUUUCUGUACACAACCAGUCUAGAACACUUUCUGUACACAACCAGUCUAAAACACUUUCUGUACACAACCAGUCUAGAACACUUUCUGUACAUAACCC